UGUUUGACGUUUGCUAAUUGCUAGAACCUAGAACAAUUUUGACUCAAUUCAAGAACAAGAACCUUUGUAGAAUAAUACUAUUAUCAUGUUUAACUUAUAAUCAAAAACAUAAUUUGGUUUGAAUUCAAGUCUGUGCACUGCAUUACAACAAGUUUGUUGUUGGUCGUAUCCAGCGGCCUAGGUUUCAUGGAUCAGUGUGCCUCAAACGAUCACAAGCUAUGUAUGAGAAUACACCUGUAGAGCUUCAAGAGCGUUUGUUGCAUUUUUCCCGGAAUGGGGACGUACAAGAACUCCAGAGUUUGCUGCAGGCUCGAGCGGAAGGGGAAGUGGAACUCGACGUUAGCUGUAAAGGUAAGACCAAGAGCAAUCUGGGAUGGACGCCGCUACAUCUGGCCGCUUACUUUGGACACAAGGAGGCCGUGGAGUUGCUGCUGGACCACGGAGCAGACAUCAACGCAGUCAAUGACACGGGCGACACACCACUGCACAAGGCGGCCUUCAUUGGACGAGAGGACCUAGUGUUGGUGUUUUUGGAACGCAACGCAGACAUCAACAUACACAAUGGAGAGGGGCUUACCGCUCGAGACGUGUGUAAGAACGAGGAGGCUUCAAAGUUGCUGUGGGCAGCCGAGCGGACGGAGACCAAGCGACGAGAGGAAGCUCUACUAGCAGCGGCAAGGGACGGACGAAUAGAGAUACUAAGUCAGAUGUUGAAGGACGAGAGGCCUCCCAACAUCAACUGUGUAGACACUCAGGGCAACUCUUGUCUUCAUUGUGCGGCCUACAGGGGACACAAGGAAGCUGCUGUGUUACUGCUGCAGAACGGAAUAGACACUGCCAUCAAGAACAUCAGAGGCCAGACGGCGUUUGAUCUGGCUAAAGAUGCUCAGAUGCAGCAAGUGCUAUGUGUGAAACCUGUCCGGCAGCUGCAGAAGACUACUACUCGGUUUGACGGUCAGUUACUCAGACGCUCUCGCUUCCUAGGAUGGAAACCAGUUUGGGCUGUCCUGGAGCGAGGAGUGUUAUCGUACUUUAACAGCCGAGCUGAUGCUCUAACUGGAGUGAAGCGUAAAGACUUCAAGUACCUGGACGGAGCGCAGGGUGUGCCAUCGGACCUGGCGCUGUCUGCGUUCACCAUCGUGUUCUCUGAUGGAGUGAUACAUCGUCUCAGUGUCCCCAUCAGCGGGGAGGACAUGACUGGAGAAGUCGCUAGGAUGAAAUGGUUAACAGCGUUAAGUGAACAUGCAGCAUACAGUUCCCACUACCUGAACCAAGGAAACUUAUUGAACGACAGUGAUGACGAAGAGAACGAUAUCAAACCUUUAGGAUCCAUGCAAGAUGCUCUACAGACUGCAGCUGCAAGAUAUCAACUGGUAGAGAAAAGAUUACAAGAGAUUGCAGCCUACUUGGACAAUCAAACACAAUCUGAAGAUCAGGAAACACCACUACAUCAAGCUGUCAAAAAGUUUGAUGGAGUAACCGAAGCUGCCUCCAGCAUGUUAAACUCACUAGGUCACUGUCUUACGCUGAUACACCAACAAGAGGAGGUGAGAGUGAUGCAGCUGAAGCAAGAGAGAGAGAAGUGUAGAGUGUUGGAGGAAGCACUCAGCAUGUUGGCUCAGGAACAUCAUGAGCUGGAACAGUCUAUAGCAUCUCAUGUGUCUUCCCCGACUCCUCCAAUUUCGCGUAACCGCAGCCUUAAUAACUUGAGUGUCCAUAGCCGUAGAUUUUACGAGACGUCAGACGACGAGUUUUAUGAUGCCUUUGAAGCAGACUCUGACACAGAAACUCUAGUCACUGCUGCAACUCCAGGCUCGGACAGUGACACUCUAGUCAGUUUCCCUUCACCUACUUCAAGUGUUGCGACGCUCGUAUCCGUCCACUCGUUCCGCUCGGCUCUAGAGUGCAAGGCUCAUCACACACACCGCAUUGCAGCGAGACGUAGUCUGCCUCAGCCAAUGUUCAGUCGUAAUGACUUCAGCCUUUGGUCAGUUUUGAAGACAAGCAUCGGUAAGGAGCUUAGCAACGUCGCCAUGCCUGUUGUAUUCAACGAACCUCUGAGCUUCCUGCAGCGUAUGGUGGAGUACAUGGAGUACGCACACCUUCUCCGCUACGCUGCGGAGCAGAGCGACCCUCUAGCACGCAUGCAGUACGUGUCUGCGUUUGCUGUGAGCGCUUUGGCAUCCAAUUGGGAGCGUCUCGGAAAACCUUUCAAUCCACUUCUUGGAGAAACUUACGAACUUGAACGACCUGAGUUCAGAGUCGUCUGUGAACAAGUGAGUCAUCACCCUCCAAUCUCUGCCUUCCACGCGGACAGCGAACACUUCAUCUUCCACGGCUCAAUCCACCCCAAGCUCAAGUUCUGGGGGAAAAGUGUUGAAAUACAACCUAAGGGAGUAGUUACCGUUGAACUUCCCAAAUGGGGAGAGGCUUACACGUGGACUAACGUCAAUUGCUGUGUUCACAAUGUGAUCGUGGGAAAGUUGUGGAUAGAACAGUACGGCACCAUGGAGAUUCUAAACCAUAGCACUGGACACCGAGCUGUACUAACUUUCAAGCCUGCUGGAUGGUUUUCUAAAGACCUACAUAGAGUUGAAGGUUUCAUAAUGGAUAAGCAAAAGAAAAAAUACAGCUUCAUUUAUGGGAAGUGGACAGAAUUCAUCAAAGUUACUGAUUUUCCAUCUUAUGAAAUAUAUGCCAAAGAAAACGCAGAUAAGUUCAGGUCGGAUGGAAAACCCCCACACUUCUCAGAAAGCCCAGCGCAAACCCCAAAGAAGGUUCUGGCAAAAUUAAACAGCUUCAAAGGAAGUUUGAGGUCGAUGUCUAUGUCUGUUGCAGAGCCUGAUGAGGGAUGUGAGGACGGAGCAGAGGGAGGGGAACUCCCCAAGUGUGACUCCACAUACUCCAUUGACAUACCAAACUCCACGACAUUAUGGGAGUGUGAGGCUAGGCCGGAGAACAGCGCUGACUUUUACCAGUUCACAUACUUUGCAAUGACCCUCAACGAGAUCGAGCCAGGAAUGGAGAAACGCUUAUGUCCGAGUGACAGUAGGCUGCGGCCAGACAUCAGGAAGCUUGAACAAGGUGACCUGGAUGGAGCGGCCGCUGAGAAAACUAGACUAGAGGAGAAACAGAGGGAAACACGUAAGGCAAGGAAAAACAAGAAGGGACAGGAAUGGAUACCAAGGUGGUUUAGUCACGGUCAGAACCCCUACACUGGCCAGGAGGAUUGGUUCUACGCUGGAGGAUAUUGGGAUAGGAACUACUCAAACUCUCCGAGCAUCUUCUAACUUACGUCCGGCUGUUAGUAACAUCUGUCUCACAGUGGCGCAAACAGUGAUCGAACAUCUGCGUCGAUUGUGUGGAUUGAAAUAGCUGUGUUUCUAACAAUACCAUUUCAGGUAUUUGGGGUGAAUUAGUUUGAUUUCAUAUUGUUGUGAUUACGAUAUUAAAUUAGUCAUUUAUUUUUUUAAUUAGAUGGAUCGAAGUUACCAUAUCUAAUCUGUAGUAGUUUAAUGUUUCCAAGAUUUACGUUAGUUUGAACUGUAUUCUCUGUGAUUGAUUUUAACAUGUAGCCAAGUCAACUAAUUGAAUUGAACCAUACUGCAAUGUGAAGCUAUUGGCUAUCAGUCAGGCUCAAUCACCCUUUGAAAUUGAUCAAUGUAAACAAUGGUUAUAACUGCUUAGGUGAGUUCUAAUUGGUUAAUCAAUGCUACUUGUAUUCAUUUAUAGUCUAUAUGAUGGCAUCUCUCUCAUGACCCUCCAUCAAACUGGGACUGGGUGCUAGGAGACAGGUCCCAUCAUACAGACUAUAGUACUCUCAUUAGGAGAUGAUUCCUGUCAAUCUUCAAUAAUAAAAUAUUUGUGUUUACCUUUAAAUUAACAAAUAAGUGCUUCAAUCAACUUCCACAACUGUUGUUCCUCUUUAUUAUUUUUCUUUAGCCUGAGUUAACAUAGGGAAUAGAAUAAUUAAGGUUAUUAAUAUAAAAUAAAUCCAACAUACAAUUAAAACUGUUUAUGAUAAAGUGUACAAAUGUUUUAUUAUAAUAGUGUUAUUAAUUUUGAAAUAAGUUUGAGCCUGGUUAAAUUUUAGUGACGUUCUUAAACCAUAAAUUAUUUCCUUGACGAAUCUGCUAAAUCUAGUUAAUGCAUUUGACUCUAGUCAGUUAUUUUAAAGGAUACAAAUACGAACAUAUUGUACCCGAAACUUGACAUGUUGUUAAAAAAAUUAAUAAAAGUUCUCCCACACACUUGCACAUUUGAAAGUAAAUACAAAAUAAGUUACUAACAUUUUAUACUUAAAAGGUUUUAGAUAGAAUAACAAUUUUGUUGGAAAAUGGAAACUUACUAAAUGAAGUUGUUUUAUUGAAAAAUAGCUUUUUUGGCCAAGUGAUCUUUUAUUAAUUGGGGACACUUGCCCCUAUCUUUGAAACCUUUAAGACAAAUUUCAUACCACUUUUCAAAUCACAUAAGUUUAUUUUAUUCACAUAAUACUAAAUAAUGUGCUAUUGUGUGUGCAUCUUUGUUGACAAUACAUUUAGUGUGUAAAGUAUUUUCUAUGAAACAUCUAUCGGUCUUGGUAUUUAAAUUAAAUUAUGUUUUAGCGAAUCAAUUGGAGUAAUAUACCAUUAAUGUUGUUAGUUUGUAGGAUUGUGAACAUAUAGCAGAAAGUUAGAUAAAGAUGUAUUUAGCUUAUCGAUUUCCAUAAAUUAAUUGAAACUAAAUAGUUUUUUACUAUGAUCCAGUGUACAAAAUAUGUAAAAAUGUAAACAGCGUCAUGAGUUGGCAUCUUAAAUAACUUAAUUAAUAUGUAUUUUGUCUCCCAAAACUUCUAUAAUUUUCUGUAUAAAGUGGAAAAUCAAAUAUUGUACCCUUUUACCUAGUUAACACUUCAAGCUCUUUUAUAGUGUUAUAGUCUAAGUCUAGUAUACAAAUUAUUGCUUGGAAACUAUUAUGUUUUAAAAGUGUAAAAAUAGAACUUUUACUUUGUUAAUUGUUACUAUAACACAAACAACACGUGUAAAAGGACCUUUUAGCUUUCUUCAUACGUUACUAAGUAAAACCACAGAGGAAGGUACAGAGGAAACCCCAAUGGUACACUUAAGUGGUGUCUAGCUCUAGUCACUUGUGUCUAGGGCGAUGUCCACCACACCUCACCAUCAUGUACUACAACACUCAUGGUGGAGAAAUAUCUUGUGCCCUGUGCUACAGGAAUUUCCACACAGUGCACAUGGCACGGGCACUUCUUUGCUCGUCACAAGGAUUUCUAGUACAGCAUACUAGAGCUAAAAGGGCACGGUUAAGCGAUAUUCCACCGUACCUUUACUUCUCUGUGGUAAACGCUGUUAUGUCUGAUAUUUUAAAAUUUUCUUUCAGAAAUUUUCUUUGCUCACAUUCAAUACAAAAAAAUAUCACUUAGAAAUAAAAAAAAGAUUUUGAAAAAAAAAUGUGGAUCUAUGUACAGCGUGCUAUCGAAGAUCUAUUUACCUGUUCCAUUUUCUAACCUUUACGUACAGUGUUUGAUAGCAUCAUGAUAAUUCAUAUCUAUGAUAUGUAAAAUUUAAAUGCAGUUGGAAGGCCUAAAAUCUAGGGUUUCCGAUGCAAAUGCUUUAACUUUUACCUCAAAAAGCAAUACUCAAUAGCAGGUUUUGUACAACAUAUUUAUAUCCUAAUAAAAAAAUACUGUACAUAAAAACAACAAUAUUUAUGUUUACUGACAUUUAUUCAUUCCAGGAACAUUUGUGUAAGUCAUGUACCAUAGAUAGUUUCAUAUUGUGAAGACCAUCUAUAUAAAUGUAAAAUAGAAAAGUUCAUAGAAAAUUACUAUUAAAUGGAGCUUUAUAUUGUGAGAUUUGUUUUGACAUUAAAUUAUUAUUUUUAGCGUU